AUGCAGAAGUCACCAGUGGAAGAUGCAAACUUCCUUUCCAAGUAUUUCUUCUGGUGGAUGUCACCGCUGCUGAGGAAGGGCUUCACGCAGAAGUUGCAGCUUUCAGAUGUAUACAAGGCUCCUUCUUUUGAUCUGGCCGACAACCUCUCUGAGCGACUCGAAAGAGAAUGGGACAGAGAGGUGGUCUCCGCCAAGAAAAAGCCCAGACUGAUGCGAGCGCUUGCCCGCUGCUUCCUUGGCCCUUUCGCCUUCUUUGGCAUCCUCCUCUACUUCGGGGAGGCAUCGAAAGCAGUGCAGCCUCAGCUUUUGGGUCGCAUCAUUGCCUCCUUUGAUCCCUUCCAUGCUCCGGAGCGGUCACAGGGCUACUUCCUGGCCCUGGGCCUCUGCCUUCUCUUCACAGCCCGCUUCCUCUUGCUGCAGCCUGCCAUCUUUGGCCUGCAUCACCUGGGCAUGCAGAUCCGCAUUGCCCUUUUCAGUCUCAUAUACAAGAAGACCCUGAAACUGUCCAGCAAAGUCUUGGAUAAAAUCAGCACCGGUCAGCUUGUCAGUCUGAUGUCCGCUCAUCUCAACAAGCUGGAUGAGAGUCUGGGUCUGGCGCACUUUGUAUGGAUCACCCCCCUGCAGUGUAUCCUGUGUGUGGGUCUGAUCUGGGAACUGAUCGAGGUGAACGGCUUCUGUGCUCUGGCAGCUCUCACCCUGCUGGGCAUCAUCCAGGCAUGGCUCUCCCAGAAGAUGGGACCUCACAGGGCGAAGCGAGCUGGGAUGAUCAGCCGUCGCCUGGCUCUCACCUCAGAGAUUGUGGAAAACAUCCACUCUGUGAAGGCGUACGGCUGGGAGGAGGUGAUGGAGACGAUCAUUAAGAACAUCAGGCAGGAUGAGAUGACGCUAACGAGGAAGAUCGGUUCCCUCCGUUACUUCUACAGCGCCUCCUACUUCUUCUCCGCCAUCUUGGUCAUCGUGUCGGCCAUCGUUCCACACGCGCUCAGCAAAGGCAUCAUCCUCCGUCGUAUCUUCACCACGGCCUCCUACUGCAUGGUGCUGCGAAUGACACUCACCCGCCAGCUGCCGGGAUCCAUUCAGAUGUGGUACGAUACGCUGGCGCUGGUCCAGAAGAUCGAGGAGUUCUUAAUGAAGGAAGAAUACAGAGUGCUGGAGUAUAAUCUGACCACCACUGAAGUGGAGCUCGUCAAUGUUUCUGCAUCCUGGGACGAGGGUAUCGGUGAGCUGUUUGAGAAGAUCAAGCAGGAGAACAAAGCCAAUGGACACCCGAACGGUGACGCCGGCCUCUUCUUCACCAACCUCUACGUGACUCCCGUCCUCAACAUCAGCCUGUACCUGGAGAAGGGCAAGAUGCUGGCGGUGGCUGGAUCCACUGGCUCAGGGAAAAGUUCCCUGCUCAUGAUGAUCCUGGGAGAGUUGGUGCCAUCGGAGGGUAAAAUCAGACACAGCGGCCGCAUCUCCUUCUCUCCUCAGACUUCCUGGAUCGUGCCGGGGACAAUCCGUGACAACAUCCUGUUUGGUCUGACCUACGACGAGUACCGCUACUCCUCCGUCAUCAAGGCUUGCCAGCUAGAAGAGGACUUUGCUUUGCUGCCAGAGAAAGACAAGACUCACCUUAUGGAAGGAGGGGUGACCCUCAGCGGCGGUCAAAGGGCUCGCCUCGGCCUGGCCAGGGCUGUGUAUAAAGAUGCAGACCUCUACCUGCUGGAUGCACCCUUCACCCACCUGGACAUAGUGACAGAGAAAGAGAUCUUUGAGAAAUGUGUGUGUAAACUGAUGGCCUCCAAGACUCGGAUCGUGGUCACCAGCAAGUUGGAGCAUCUCAAACGAGCAGACAAAAUCCUCCUGCUGCACAAUGGAGACUGUUACUUCUACGGCACUUUCUCCGAGCUGCAGGCCAAGCGGCCCGACUUCAGCUCCCUCCUCCUUGGCAUGGAAGCUUACGACAACAUCAACGCAGAGCGACGCGGCUCCAUCCUGACAGAAACUCUCCGCAGGGUCUCCGUCGAUGAAACCGCCAGCUUCCGAGGCCCAGAUCCCAUUCGCCAGUCUUUCCGCCAGCCGCCGGCUCCGAUAAUUGUCUCCGGACCCCAAGGCCAUCCUGGAGGUGAUGGCUAUCCAGAAAAACGUAAGCAGUCACUCAUACUCAACCCCCUCGCAGCCGCACGCAAGUUCUCCUUCAUCGGGAACUCCCAACAGACUGCAAACAAUCCCCAGUCCACGACGAUAGAGGACGGGGUUCGAGAACUGUCAGAGAGGAAAUUCUCAGUCGUACCCGAGGAUGAUCAAGUAGAGGAAGUUCUCCCCAGAGGGAACCUGUACCAUCACGGGUUGCAACAUCUCAACGGGCAGCGGCGCCAAUCUGUCCUGGCGUUCAUCACCAACGCCACCAGCCAUGAGCGCAGAGAGCAGCAGAUGCAGUCCUCCUUCAGGAAAAAGCUGUCCAUCACUCCGCAGUGUGACCUGGUGACUGAGCUGGACAUCUACGCCCGGCGCCUGUCAACGGACAGCGUGUAUGACAUCAGCGAGGAAGUGGAUGAAGAAGACAUGGAGCAAUGCUUCGCAGAUGAACGUGACAACAUCUUUGAAACUACCUCAUGGGGAACUUACCUUCGCUACAUCACCACCAACAGGAGCUUAGUCUACGUCCUCAUGUUCAUCAUCUUUGUCUUUGCUAUCGAGGUAAAAAAACCACAACCUGAGAUCUGGAGGGACGGUAAAAACCCCAAUUCACCCAACUACAUCGACGAGCAGCACCCCAACGCUUCGUCACCCCCAGUUCACUUAGCCGUCAUCGUCACGCCGACCAGCGCUUACUACAUCAUCUACAUCUAUGUGGCCACAUCAGAGAGCGUAUUGGCUUUGGGUUUCUUCAGGGGUCUCCCAUUAGUGCACACGUUACUCACUGUGUCCAAAAGACUGCACGAACAGAUGCUGAGUUCUGUGCUUCGGGCCCCGAUGGCUGUGCUCAACACGAUGAAGACAGGCCGUAUCAUGAACAGAUUCACCAAGGACAUGGCCACUAUAGAUGACAUGCUGCCUCUGGUGCUGUUUGACCUCAUACAGUUGACAUUGAUUGUCUCGGGUGCCAUCUUCACCGUGUCCAUCAUCCGGCCGUAUAUCUUCAUCGCUGCCAUCCCGUUGGGUGUCAUCUUUGUGAUCCUCAGGAAGUACUUUCUCCGAACUGGACAGCAACUCAAACUACUUGAGGCUGAAGCUCGUAGCCCAAUCUUCUCCCACCUCAUCAUCUCACUGAAGGGUUUGUGGACAAUUCGAGCGUUUGGCCGUCAGACUUACUUCGAGACGCUCUUCCACAAGGCUUUAAACACUCACACGGCCACCUGGUUCCACUACCUGUCUGCUCUGCGAUGGUUCCUCUUCCGCUGCGACAUGAUCUUCGUCUUGUUCUUCACUGCCGCUGCCUUCAUCGCCGUGGGAACCAACCAGGACAAACCAGGCGAGGUUGGUAUCAUUGUGGCCCUAGCUAUGCUCAUCCUGGGUACGUUCCAAUGGGCCGUCAUCACCAGCAUCACGGUAGACGGACUGAUGCGUUCAGUAGAUCGGGUGUUCAAAUUCAUCGACCUGCCAUCAGAGGAGCUGAUGCCAGGGAAACCCGGCAGUGGUAAAGGAGGCCCGGACCUUGUCAUCGACAACCCUCACGCACGAGACUGCUGGCCAAACCGCGGCCAGAUGAACGUCCAGGGUCUCACAGUCAAAUACACCGAGGCCGGACGCUCCAUCCUCAGCGACAUCUCCUUCAAUGUGGACGGAGGACAGAGUAUCGGUCUUCUGGGAAGGACGGGUUCAGGGAAGAGCACGCUGUUGUCCGCUCUGCUGCGUCUCGCCUCCACUGAUGGAGAAAUCUCCAUCGACGGUGUUUCAUGGAGCUCCGUCUCCCUGCACACGUGGAGGAAAGCCUUCGGAGUGGUGCCUCAGAGAGUUUUUAUUUUGACCGGCACUUUCCGGAUGAACCUGGAUCCACACGGACGUUACAGCGAUGAAGAGCUGUGGAGGGUUGCUGAGGAGGUGGGUCUGAAGUCGGUGAUCGAGCAGUUCCCGGACAAACUGGACUUCCAGCUGGAGGACGGAGGCAACGUGCUGAGCAACGGUCACAAACAGCUGAUGUGUCUCGCUCGCUCCAUCCUCAGCCAGGCCCGCAUCCUGCUGCUGGACGAACCCUCGGCCUACCUCGACCCCAUAACGUUGCAGGUCUUGAGGAAGACGUUGAAGCAGGUGUUCUCCGGCUGCACCGUCAUCCUAUCAGAGCACAGAGUGGAGCCGCUGCUGGAGUGUCAAUCAUUCCUGAUGAUCGAGGGCAGCUCCAUGAAGAGCUACGACUCCAUCCAGAAGCUGCUGAAUGAGACGAGUCACCUGAAACAGGCCAUGAGCCCCGCCGACCGCCUCCGCCUCUUCCCAGCGCUCAACCGCCUCAACUCCAGCAAGCGAGCGCCGCCGCCGACCGCCAAGAUCUCAUCGCUGCCGGAGGAAGCCGAGGACGACGUGCACGACACCCGACUCUAA